AUGGCGGCAACCAAUGUGAUGUCCCCUCUUGAUACCCAUAGAGGGGAUACUUUUGCUUCUCGUGGCCUCUCGCUUGAGAAGAAAAUUGAGGCCCUCGAGGGCCUCACAGGACAAGUUAGUAACCGGCGAUCUCGGAGAUGGCUAAAUGAUCGUAUUCUAAUGGAACUUGUUCCUCGUUUAGAUGCGGAAGAAAUCAGGGGCUUGUUUGCCCCACCACCAUGGGGUGAUGAUGUCCCACCCUCAGCCUUUUCUUUGACUAAUGUUGGAGAAUGGGACAAAUUCAGAAGCAUAGACAUGGACAAGGAGGCCAGUAUCAUGGACUCCUUGGAUCGGUCAUCCGUGAGGCAGAAAGGCCGUGUGGAUGCUGAUAAAACCGCUGUCUUAAAUGCUUGGCGAAGAAUAGAGUGUGGAACAAGAGAGGCUCUUCGGCGUAGCUUUUUACCAGAACUGAUCGAGGGAUAUGAGAACUGUAUAAGUCAUUUCAUUGACGAAGGUGGUGAAGGAGAUGUUCUGGAGCUCAAGGUUCAAGACCCAUUUCACAGAUUGCUUUUGCACGGUGUUUGUGAGUACCACAAUUUGGUGUCUACAACUGCAACAGAACAAGUAGGAAAGAAAGCAACCAAGACAACGAUGAUCAAAUGGAAGAUGAGUGGCGAGAAACCUGGCAUCACACUCGCACAUUUCCUUAGGAUGUCAAAGGAAGGAGCUUGGUAA